AUGGCCUCCAACGCUCUCAUCUGGAACCCUCUGACUAAGAAAGACGACCGCUUGCUAGUCUACUACAACAGCUCCAAGGCCAACCUUGGCCUGCGCCAGUGGACAACCGGCGAAGACCCUACUUGGGGCAGUGUGUUCGCGGAAAAGGAGGAGAGUGCCAAGGGCAAUAUCAAGGUUGGCACAGGACUCACAGCCUUACGACUGCGCGACUGGAUCCGAGUCUAUGGCAUCGUGUCUGCCAAAAACGCAACUACAGGCAUUGAUGACGACUAUAUCUCUUUACUCAGUCCCGUCAUCCAGUCUCUGAGCAUCAAGACUGAUUACGGCCGUCUGACUGGUAGUGGUAACGGCAAGGAUAAGGGCUGGUUGUAUUUCCUCGUCUCCGACCCCCCUGUUAUCCAUGAACGUGAUCUCGACAACUCCAACAGCGUGCCUAUUGCCAAGGGGAGUACCCUCUUGAAGCAAGAGACGCCCCCAGCUCUGACCGGCUUGGCUUCUACUUACGCGCAAAAGGCUGGAAAGCGCUGGGCUUUUUACCAGGCAUCUGACAAAGUUCUACACGGCCUAGAGGUUCAGGGUAGCAACGACAGAAAAAUCACAAGCAACGCCCGACCCGGUUCGCCACUAGCGGCCACCUCAUUCGUUCACAAGGAGGUUGAAGUUUUGGUGCUGUACUGGAUCCGCGACGCCGAUGGCGUUCUGACACGCAGCCACUCAACAAACGGUGGCCAGAACUGGCAGGAAAAGGAUCUGGAAGUCAUCCCCUCGCUGGAGACUCUGAGCGCUGCAUCUAAUGCGACCUUUGAGCAGAUCGCUGUGGUAUUUUCUGCGAAUGAUACCAAUGAACCUCAGAUUAUUAAGGAUGAGUGGGAGUCCAUUCUUAACGCCUAA